GUGCUUCAUUGUCUGCUUGCGGUGCGGUGCGGUGCGCCCCACGGAUAAAAACAUCGGGCGGCUGGGCUGUCCGACCCCCCGAUGGCUGGCUGACCUGGAUCACUCACUGCUGUCCGUCCGUCUGUCUGUCUGUCUGUCUUUGCCCUCUCACGCGCCAUGCUUGACACGGGCCAAUACAACGAACGACAGACUCACUUGACAAAAGACCAUUUUCGGUCACACGCACACGCACGGCCGCACCGCACCCAUCAGUCACACACAACGAUAAAGUUGGCCAGCACCCUCCUCCCUCUCCUCUCGUCCCUCGUCCCGCUCCCUCGCUCAGCUAUGCGUGUGUGGUGUCUGUGUGUCUGUGGUGUGUGCUGUGUCUGUGUGUAAGUAUGGUGGCAAGCCGUGUGUGUCACGUGUGUGCAGUGAGUGCAUCGGCCGGCCUCUGUCAGACCAGCACGACACAAUGCCGGCUGGCUGCUGACAAACAAGGCAUGGCGAGGCAAGGCGGGGCGAGGUGGGUCUACAAAUGGAAUGGAAUGAGAUGGAUGGAUGGAUGGAUCAUUCAGCUGACAAGCCCCCACACAGCACACACAACAUACAAAACCCAUCUCACAUCUCACAUCUCGCCCACACGGCCUCUCAACCAACCAGCAAACAAACAGACCAACACCCCUCCCUCCCUCCCUCCCUCCCUCCCUCCCCCGUCAGAUGUCCUCGGCGGCGAGAGGCGCGUCGGCGGCAGGGGUGUGCGUGCUGCACAUCGGUGACUUGGGCGCCUUGCAUCUCGCAGACGUCCCAGGGUGAUGCACCGGCGUCAAUGGGGCAACGCACUCGCACUGAACAACACAAAGGAGCGACGCCCAGUCACCAUUCAUCUGGCCGUGUCCGUGCCGUCAUCCUUAUCUCACCUCUCCACCGAUGGCCUCUUCUCCCGUGAGUUUGGGGUAUGGCGGCAGCCUCAGCGGACCCAACGACCGCACCACACCGCCACCACCCCCUGGCCGCUCACUGGGCGGCCACCGACCGUUGUCGAUGGCGCCGUGGGCGACCAGCAGGGUGAGAAUGGCCUCGUACACGGCGGCAGCCGACGGGUGGGAACGCAUCAACCUGAUUGAAACACAGCAGGGAUUGGCAUGGUGUGCUCGUGUGGGUGGGUGGUUGUGAUGGUGUCUGUCGGUGUUGUCCAGUUAAGUACUUACGUGUGCGCGAGUUGGUACGGUGUGAGUCCCCCGCCCACGUCGGCCAUGCCACUGAGGGGGAGGUUGGGGUCCUCACCGCAAACCGACAACGCCUCGCGCGUGCCGUCAACGUCGCCGCGCAGGAUCGAAUCGUGCAGGCAUGACACACGCCUGAUGGAUGACAAAACAACAACAAGACAUCCGGUGAGCAUGUGCACCGCCCUCCCUCCCUCCCUCCCUCCGACUCACUCACCUGGCACCCAUGGGCGUCUUGGGCGUCAGUGGAGGCAUCCCCUGCCUCCUCGUGGGCGUCACGAAGCCAUCCCCCUCGCGAGACACACCCCACCCUCCACACCCAACACCGCUCCUCUCGCCCUCAUGCUCAUCGUCAUCUGCCUCCACGCCCCACGUGUCCUCAUGCACCACCGAGGGCGGCGGCAGCGUCUCGCGAGACAGGCUGGCCAGCGACGGACGGGUGGCCGUCCUUAUGCUGCUGCUGCUGGUGCUGGUGCUGGUGGUGGUUGUGGUGCUGAUGGAUGUGGUCCGUGCCAGUUGGUCCAUGGUGCGUGUGAGGCAGAGAGAGGGGAAGGGGAGGGGGAGGGAGGGCCCACUGGCCCGCGUGCAUGAGUCAGUCAUCGCCACUCGAUAUAUGCCUGACUCGCCUCAGUGCUGUCGCUUUUCAGAUCAGUCCUGUGGUCCGUCUGGCAGUCAGUUCGCCGCUGUGCGCAUGAGACCAGGGAAGGCGCCGCUCCUCGCAGAUGCGCUGUGGUCCUCCCUUGGAUGGUGCGGCUCUAUGCUCAGAUGCGCCAGACAGGCGAAAGAUGCGAAUAUGGUCGAAAUACGAGAGAUCGAGGCCUCAGGGAAAGAGAGAAGCGCCAGAGGUGCCCAAAGAGCCCGAAAGUUGAGCUCG